AUGAGCCAAUUCCAAUCGAGAAUCAUACAUGCCAUGUUGCCAAACCAUGCCUUGCAAGCUUCAAAAACCAAAGCCAUCCUAACCCUCUUGCAAGGAUGCAACACCCUCGAAAGGCUCGAGAAAAUCCAAGCGCACGUCAUCACCAACGGUCUUCACCACCACCCCGCCAUUUCCAACAAGCUCCUCAACUUCUGCGCCGUCUCCGUCUCCGGCAGCCUACCCUACGCUCAGCUCCUCUUCCAUCAUCACAUCCCAAACCCACAAACCCAAGACUGGAACUCCAUGAUCAGAGGCUUCUCCCAAAGCUCUUGUCCUCUUGAAGCCAUUUGUUACUACAAUCACAUGCUUUGGUCCUCUUCUCCCGAUUCGACGCCGGACACGUUUAGCUUCUCGUUUGUGCUCAAGGCUUGCGAGAGAGCCAAGGCUGAGACCAAGUGCCGUGAGGUUCAUGGAGGUUUGGUUCGCUAUGGCUACGAUAAGGACGUUGUUGUUUGUACUAAUCUGAUGAAAUGUUAUUCCGGCGUUGGGUUGGUUGAUAAUGCGAGGAGAGUGUUCGACGAAAUGUCUGACAGAGACUUAGUGUCUUGGAACUCCAUGGUUUCGUGCUAUUCUCGCGGGCUUCAUCAUGAGGCGUUGAACGUGUAUAGUCUUAUGAGAAGUGGAAAUGUGGGUGUUGAUGGCUUCACUCUUGUCGGGUUGCUUUCAUCAUGCGCUCACUUGGGUGCGUUGAACACUGGAGUUGUGGUGCAUGAACUUGCUCGCGAGAUGGGGUUUUUGGGGAGUGUUUAUGAUGGGAAUGCGCUUAUAGAUAUGUAUGCGAAAUGUGGUGACUUGGAUGCUGCUCUUUGUGUCUUGAGGGAUGCUCUUACAUGGAACUCGAUGAUUGUUGGGUACGGAGUACAUGGUCGCGGGAAUUAAGCAAUCUGUUUCUUUGAGAAGAUGAUGAUGGCUAGUGUCCAGCCGAAUUCCAUCACAUAUCUCGGUUUGUUAUGUGGGUGAGUUAAGAAGGGUGUUGAUUACUUCCACAUGAUGAGCUCCAAGUUCAAUAUGAAACCUGGAAUUAAGCACUAUGGGUGCCUGGUGGAUCUGUAUGGUCGAGCUGGGAAGCUCGAGAAGGCGCUUCAUGUUAUUAGAACUUCACAUGCACAGGAUGAUCCAGUUCUAUGGCGGACUCUGCUCAGCUCUUGCAAGAUUCAUCAAAAUGUGGAAAUAGGAGAGGUUGCCAUGAAGAAUCUAAUUCGUCUAGGGUCAUCAAAUGCAGGGGAUUAUGUACUUCUUGCUACUAUUUAUUUUAGAGCGAAAGAUGCAGAUGGUGUUUCAAGGAUGAGAAAGUUGAUUAAAAACCAGGCAGUGAGAACCACUCCUGGUUGGAGCUGGAUUGAAGUUUGCAAUCAGAUUCAUAAAUUCGUCGUGGAUGACAAGUCACAUCCAGAUACUGAAGAAAUCUAUCGAAAAUUGGAGGUAGUAGUCCAGCAAGCUGCUCUGCAUGGUUAUGUGCAAGAUGAAUCUCUUAUCAGAGCCUCUGAGUAUACCUCCACAGAUACUGAGUGUUCUGGAACUUCCGGUUCAUAUCACAGUGAGAAGUUGGCAAUUGCUUUUGGUUUGGCAAGAACUCCAGAAGGAAAAUGUUUACAGAUAGUGAAAAACCCGAGGGUUUGUAGAGAUUGCCAUUCAUUUACAAAAUUUGUUUCCCGAGCAUUUAACCGAUAAAUAAUUGUCAGGGACCGAGUUCGGUUUCAUCACUUCAAGGGUGGAUUGUGUAGUUGUAUAGACUAUUGGUGACCCGAGUGAUCUGAAUCUUCUGAUUAUAAAUUGAGCUUCAGGACCCGGUCCUAAUUUAUUUCUCUUAUCCAA